GCUCCGGCUCCGCCCCGGCUCCCGGAGGCGGCGCCGUCCCUGACCGAGCGGCGGGAGCGAGGUCUAGGAAACAGUGCCUCCAGCGACUGUAAGAGUAGCUGUCACUUGCUGAAUGGCUAGUACAUGCCACCCACUACCCUGAGCAUGCUUUGGCAUCUUCUCUAACGCAGCGUAGGAUUCAGAGAUGGGCAGUGAGAAGGAGCAGAAUCCAGAACAGCACCUGCCUGAGGAAGGGGAGCGGGGUAAGCCUUGGAGAGCGGACGACCCAGCGGGUUUUCGCAUCCCAGAUGGGGAGGAAGAGCAUGGGCCAGAGAGCCCGUCAGAGAGACCACGAGGGAUCCAUCCCAGAAAGCCCUGGCAGAAAGCCAGUGUCCCCAGUGGAGAGCCGGGGGACCCCGCUAUCCAUUCAAGACUCGAGGCCGAUGAGAAGCCCUUUGUAUGUGCCCAGUGUGGCAAAACCUUCAACAACACCUCCAACCUGAGAACGCACCAGCGGAUCCACACCGGCGAGAAGCCCUACAAAUGCUCCGAAUGUGGCAAGAGCUUCUCCAGGAGCUCCAACCGCAUCCGGCACGAGCGGAUCCACCUGGAGGAGAAGCACUACAAGUGCCCCAGGUGCCAGGAGAGCUUCCGGAGGCGCUCGGACCUCACCACACACCAGCAGGACCACCUGGGCAAGCGGCCGUACCGCUGCGACAUCUGUGGCAAGAGCUUCAGCCAGAGCGCCACGCUGGCCGUGCACCGCCGGACCCACCUCGAGCCGGCACCCUACAUCUGCUGUGAGUGCGGGAAGAGCUUCAGCAACAGCUCCAGCUUUGGGGUGCACCACCGCACCCACACGGGCGAGAGGCCUUACGAGUGCACCGAGUGCGGGCGGACCUUCAGCGACAUCUCCAACUUCGGAGCACACCAGAGGACUCACCGAGGGGAGAAGCCGUACUGGUGCACGCUGUGUGGGAAACACUUCUCUCGGAGCUCCAAUCUCAUCCGCCACCAGAAGACGCACAUGGGAGAGCCGGCUGGGAAAGACACCAGCUGAAGGAGCGAGGGAGAGAGGGAGCGAGAGACCCCCAACUUAGUGUAGGAAGAUCUUUAGGAUUUGCUGCUGCCCUUUGGCCUCAAGCCCUUCUCCCCACUGCGGAGAAUGGUCUCCUGUUGCCUCUGAAGCCAGGAUCUCUCCAGAAAGUCCUCAGAAGGGAUUCUGAGUAAACAUCUUUGUUCCCUUCCAAGCAGAUAUUUUGCCUUGGGAAGUCAGAGGACCUGGUCUUGGCUUCAUCUCCUUGGGGUGAAAGAGAAAGAGGGCAGGUUUAGUACGUGCUAACUUCAUUAGGGCAGCUGUCCCUGGCCUUUGGGAUGGGCACCACGUUGUGUGAGAACCGCUGAGGGCCCAUUGCAGUGGCCUGCUGGUUCCGUCCACUGUGCUCCUCCGCAGCCUGGAGAGGAGGCCCUGCCUUAGACACGGAGGGAAGCCCGCAGGGAGCCGUCAUCUGGGACCUGCACUCUCCCCACAUGUGAGACUUGUUAUCCCGACCCCAACCUGCCUCUGUUCCCUGAGUGAUCAGCAGUAAAACCCUUCAAUGAAAA